AUGCCUAUUACUAUGAAAAGAGAGAUAAAAUUAAAUAAUUAUACAACGUGUGAAAUUUACAACCUCCUCUUGGACCAUAAUCUCGGCGCGGUGCUUCGAAGCCCCAUUCGCGCAGGUCGCCAGUUACACGGACCUUUGUUUUGGCCGUCCCUUGGGUUGUUAAGGAUAAGAAACUUCUCCGUUUAUUGCCAUGAAUCUGGACUAACCCUUGCGAGACCUCCAGGGGAGAGCGCUUCUCAAGAAGGGUUUAGGGUUCACCUGGAAGUUCUACCGUCAAUAGACUGCCCCCAGUUGGCGCCAGAUGUUCUCCCCACAAAAAUCGUCCAGAGUAUUCAGCAAGAACUCCAGCACAUCGGCGAGUCCCUGGAUGAGCUGGUGCUGCUGGUGAAUCCCGAGACGACAACGACUGAUCUUCCAUCAUCAACGGUGUCUUCAGACGAACCUGCAUCCCCCGGUUCUUCAUCAACGACAUCAGCAUCAUCUGGAGCUUCAGUUCAGUCAUCUACGACAGAUGCUCCGGUAGAGACAACUAAAACACAAGCUCCGGUAGAGACAACUGAAACACAAGCUCCAGUUGAGACAACUGAAACACAAGCUCCGGUAGAGACAACUAAAACACAAGCUCCGGUAGAGACAACUGAAACGCAAGCUCCGGUAGAGACAACUAAAACACAAGCUCCGGUAGAGACAACUAAAACACAAGCUCCGAGACAACCUAAAACACAAGCUCCGGUAGAGACAACUAAAACACAAGCUCCGGUAGAGACAACUAAAACACAAGCUCCGGUAGAGACAACUAAAACACCAGCUCCGGUAGAGACAACAGAAGUACCACCUGGCCCAAAGUCUUUUGAUGAGACAAAAGCCUCCUCAAGUGAACCAUCCCAACCGUCCUCGAGCGAGGAGCCGCAAACCUCCACAAGUGAACCAUCCCAAUCCUCUUCAAGCGAACAGCCUCAGACCUCCUCGAGCGCACCCACAACAACCAUCCCACCCACUCCCGUCUGCAUAACGAACGAGACAUCGAGCGGUAACGACGCAGACCUGUGCGAGCGCCUGACUUCGGUCCUGGAAGACAUCGAGGCCGUUACGAGCACCGUGGCCAAGGGAACCAUGGGCCAGGCUGAAUUGGACGACCUGAGGAACUGCUCCACGAGGCUUGACGAUGUGAUUGAGGACAUGCGCAACAACACAGACUUCCUCGCCAGCAGCGUUGACGUUGAGGAGCUGAUUGCGAGGAAAGAUGCUCUCGACGAGGUGCUGACGGAGGCCGAAAAAGCAGUGGAAGAUGCGCUGUCAACAGAUGACUACGACCCGACACUGGCCAUCGUUCUUGGUGUUCUGGGAGGCCUCCUGGGAGUUGGCAUCAUCGGCUACGUUGGCUUCACUUUCUAUAAGAAGAACAAGGCCAAAAAGGCACGGAAGAAUGAUAAUCCUAUGACAAGCAUGGAGAGAGGUUCAGGGCAAGACAAUAGCGCAUACGCCGGCAGCAGCAACAGAAUUAUCUAGGAAAUAAGAGGAACAUAUAGUAUAAAUUGUCUCAUGCUUUAACUUUGACUUUUCGAAAAGCUAAUUAUAUGUUCUUGUUCUUGUCUAGGGGUGAAACGAAAAAAGAAAUAAAAGAAGACUUAGCAAUCACGCAGAACUUAGGAUUACUCCGACUGCGUUAAAGGCAGUAAGUAGAAAAGACUAAAUAAAUGAUAAUGAUAAAAAUAAUACUGUCCAUGAAAUGAAAAAAAAAUAUAUAUAUGUAAGACAUGUUUUAAGUAUAAAUAAUACGCAUCACCUCAUUAGGAUUAAAAAAAAAAAAUGAAUCGGAGUGCCCAAGAGUUCGGGUGAGUUGCCAGUUUUUGUUUUUUCCAACGUAACACCAGCGAAAAGUCAAAGGAAAAAGCACUGAGCAAUGAGCCUUGUACUUACCAAUUCUCUAUAAUUGAGAUCUUAUUGUAUUGUCCACGUAUAAAUGCAUUUACAUAGUUUUGUCGUUUUACAUGUUGCACUGUAUUAUAUUGCAUAUUGCAAUGUAUUUCAUAGUAUGUGCCCUUUUAUGUCUUACAACCAUGCACCUUUUGUAUAAUAUGCUUAGCCGAUCCGCUAAAGCACGAUAACAUUAUUAUUACAGUUUA